CUUCUUGGAGCUUUUACUUAGUUAAAUCUGCGUUAUGCCAGACGCUGGUAGAAUAAUACUGUUAGCAGUUGUUGUCUGCGCUGUUGGAGUUGGCGUUGGCGUUAUCAUCGGAUAUUUUGCCAUUGAUAACUCUAUACCUGAACCAAAAGAAAAUCCUGAUGCAAGUCAAAUGAUUAUGAAUGAAAUAAAAGCUGAAAAUCUUGAAAAAUAUCUAAGGUACGUCACAGAAUAUCCUCAUAUUGCUGGUCGCGAUGUUGCCGAAGAAUAUCUUGUGAAUUACAUUGCUGACCAGUGGAAAGAAUCGGGACUAGAUGUUGAAAUUCAUCCUUAUGAAGUUUUGCUUUCAUAUCCUGACGACAACGAUCCAAACUAUUUAGCCAUAAAAUUGGCCGAUGGUUCACUGACCAGUCAAAGUCAAUUGAAGGAAGAGAUAUUGGAUCAUAGUCAAAACAAAUCCGGCGUAGUUAAUCCAUUUAAUGCAUAUUCAGCAAAAGGAGACCCGGAGGCAAUCAACCACGCAGAAUUGUAUAACUGCUCUGGACUCAUUCUGUACUCGGAUCCAAAAGAUUAUACAGUGCUUGGCAGAGAAGUUUAUCCUGACGAUUGGUUUCUGCCAGGAACGGGAGCGCAACGUGGUAGCAUACAAUUGUUAUCUGGUGACGAACUUACUCCACAUUAUCCAGCAAUUGAAACUGCAUGGAGACUUAAACUGGAAGAUACAGAUCUCGUUAAAAUUCCUGUUACUCCGAUAGGAUAUAAUGAUGCCAAAAUGUAUCUUGAGAAACUGAGUGGCAACGAGGUGCUGGAAGACUGGAAAGGCGGAUUGAAUAUUACUUAUAGAUAUGGACCUGGAUUCGUUGGUGAACAUUCAACAAGCAAGAUGAAAAUGCAUGUUAAUACAACCAAUGAGAUGGCAAUUACAAAAAACGUAGUAGGAAUUAUAAGGGGAAGUGUAGAACCAGAUCGGUAUAUCAUCAUUGGAAAUCAUCGUGAUGCUUGGGUAUUUGGCUCAGUCGAUCCAUCCUCUGGUACAGCAGGAGUGCUCGAAAUUGCUAGAAGUUUUGGAGAAGCAAUCAAGAAUGGUUGGAAGCCGCGAAGAAGCAUUGUGUUUUGCAGUUGGGGUGCUGAGGAGUAUGGGCUAAUAGGUUCCACGGAAUGGGUUGAAGAAUUUACCAAAGUUUUGGGAAGUCGCACCAUAGCUUACCUCAAUAUAGAUGGAAUGAUAAAUGGAAAUUAUACAGUUCAAUUAUCAGGAUCUCACAACCUGAAACAACUUUCAGUCGAUUCUGCCAAAACAGUACCCAAUCCUAGUCAGGAAGAAAUUGCAAAUGGUCGUAAAAAUACUUUUGAUACCUGGCUGCAUACAAGCGGAGGAAGCGAACUAAAAUUUGCUACACUCGGAUCGGGCAAUGACUAUGCACCAUUCUUGCAGGUGUCAGGAAUAUCCGUGCUAAACCUUAAAUACGCGAGUAACUUCAAUCCGGUUGGCAGUGGUGUGUCAGGGUAUCCAGUCUAUCACACAGUUUAUGAAACUUUUGAUUACAUGAAAGCAUUCAUCGAUCCGGAUUUCUUGUUUCAUCAAGCAACCGCUAGGGUUGGAGCUGAAAUUGCUAGGAGACUUGCAGAUUCUCCUCUUCUGCCUUUUAAGGCCGUAGACUAUGUUACUAGGAUGAUUUCUGAUAAAAACACAAUGAUGAAAACAUUUGGUGAAAAGUUGGAAAGUCACAAUAUAAAAACAGAUAUGCUCAAUUCCGCUCUGACUGAUCUCAAUAAUGCCGCCAAAGAUUUGCACAAAAGGAUUGAAAAGAUUGAUCUCAAAGACCCAUUAUUACUGAGAGCUGUAAACGAUCAGUUGAUGCAAUUCGAGAGAGCUUUCAUUGACAAACAGGGAAUAGAAGGACGAAAUGAUGUCAGUCACGUAAUAUAUACUCCUCUCUUGCACAACUCAUAUGGAGCAGCAGCUUUCCCAGGACUAGUCGAUUCAAUGUUUGAGAUUGAAUCAGAUCCAAACCAGGAAGCUCGUUGGGAUGAAGUCCGCCGUCAGUAUUCAAUACUUCUGUAUCACAUUGGUUCUGCUGCAUCGACAGUGAGAGAUUUUACACCAAUUAAAGGAUUUUCUAAUCAAUGAUCACAACUAACCGCAACAUGAUUACCUCUUAAUCUUUGCUUUAAUUAUCUAGUGACUUAAUCACCCAUUAAAUCGGAGAGCGUCGAAAGAUGAUUUUUAGGCAAUGAUAUUUACUAAUGAGCCUGAGAAUUGUUGAACAACGCCUAAUGAAAAUUGAAAUAAAAUACUAAUCAGAGAUAUGAUAUAUAUUCAAGUUUAGCAAAUAUCAUACCAAUCAGCAAAUGUCUAAUGAAAAGUUUUUCAUGUUAUAAAGUUAACUACAAUAACCGGUCUGACUAACAAAUCUUGAUGGGGGAAUCAAGGUUAGGCGAUAUAUUCAGAAACAAUUUGACGCCCUGUGGUGGUUUCAAGAUUUUGACUUCCAGACGAUAUAGUGAUAUGAUUUGCCACUUUAUUGUCCUACUUCAGAGUUGAUAAAUAUUCACAAUUUCAUUUUAUUGUAGCGCUUUGUACACACAAGAUGCAGGAUCUAUAUUGGUAAAUAAUGGCCAAGUCGAGGUUAGGCUUGGAUGUAAUUAUGUUCGCAUCAAAAGUUCUCGAAUCUCGCGUUUAAGUCUCGCGACCAGGGUGUAAUAUAUUGGGAGGGCAAAGGUAACCCGACGUUGAAAUGUUAUAUGUAAAUAUAAUUGCCAUAACGGGUUGCAAACGUCACUGAGAGGUGUUCCAACUUGUGUAUUCUGUUGUAUGCUCGUAUUUAAGGGCAUAUACGGCGCGCCCCUAAUUAUUUUUCUCAAAAUAUGUAGGACAUUGAAUUACCACAGUGAAACUAUUAAAAUUGAAUGCCAAUAUCGGUCACCAUCAAUUCGCUUGACCAUUUCUUUUAUAUCUAUUGUUACUGCGGACUGCGGUAUUUAAGAGUCUA